AUGUCUCCGUCGCCAUCCACCUCCGUACCUGCGGUCGCUACGGCACCGAACAAGUCAAGACGAGUCCGUACCGGAUGCUUGACAUGUCGAGAACGGCAUCUGAAAUGCGAUGAAGGAACGCCAGACUGUCUCAACUGCCGCAAGGGAAAUCGGGAGUGCAAGCGUGGCUUACGGUUAAACUUCAUCGACAUCCAAACCAAGUCUAUACCUUUUGUUCCGCCGACAACCGAAUGGAAUAUUUCAUUUUAUGAUGAGUCUCGCCAAAUCGCCUCGGAAUAUGCGGGCGGUCUUGGUCGCUAUCCUCGAGUUAAAGGAGUGAAUUUGACAUCACCACCGCAAUUACCCAUCGAGAGGACCUCUACCGUCAAGAGACGACGGUCAACUACCACUGUUCAAACGCAGGCUGGUAAUAUUAACUUUUCCACCGCUUCCUCCACAGUACGCCCUUCCACACAAUUCCAUCCUGUGAACACACAUACAGUACAGAGCCUACCAGACGACAGUCAAAACAUCUCCGGCAGCCACAGUGCCGCAGCAGUCACAUCCAGCCACGGCCAAAGUAGGCUUGCAGCUCCCGCCAACACCGACGCGUAUGUCUCAUAUCUUACCCAAGAAGAGCCCGGAGAAGAAAAGCACGCAUACGAAGCCAGCGAUGCUUCGAGUAUUGCCUCGUCCAUGGUGCCACAAGGAAUCGGGGGUCCGUCUUCCGUCGCUUCUUUCCAAGCCGAAGUGGGGAACAGCCCUGAGGACGAGAAUCCAAGAGUGACGGUCAGGCAUGGAGGCGGUAUCGGACAUGCCAGCCAUCUCCACGGCACAAUGCCAGAAGGCUUGCCGACACCACCAUCCGAAAAAUCAGGAUUUCGCAGGGGGAGCGGAGGAGCUGGCGGCGUUGGAGGGGCAGUCGCAGCGGUGGUACCCGGCUCUGGCCAAGGCGGUGCAGCCGGUGGGUUCGAGGACAUCUACAACAUCACCGGAGCAGCCAGCAGCAACGGUGAGCGAGAAUAUCUCAACUCUCCAGACGAGGUACUGUAUAUGCAAGUAUUUAUCGACGAGGUAGGCGUGUGGAUGGACUCGCUAGACCGGGACAAACACUUCAGCCGGAUCAUCCCCUUUGUGGCACUCAAGUCACCAAUGAUGCUGAACGCAUUUCUUGCUUGUGGUGUCAAGCAUCUCACGCUCGUGAAUGAGGCCUACAAGGACGACAAAGCUUUGUUUUACUAUGACACAGCAACAACACAACUCCUCCGAAGCCUGCAAAAUCCGGACCGCGACAUUGUCGAGUGUGCUACCACCGCCGUUGUGCUCAAUGUCUAUGAGAUCAUGAGCGAGAAGCCUAACGAACGAAUGAGCCAUAUUGCUGGCGCCCGUGCACUUAUCCGUGAAUGCGGGUGGGAUGCUCGGAGCAAAGGCAUUGGUGCCGCAUGCUUCUGGCUCAAUAUUGGCAUGGAGGUGCUGAGCUGCCUUGCAUUUAAUUGGCCGACAGCAUGGGAUCCGGAUCAAUGGGGGCUCGAUACAUCAUUUGCAAACGACCUCGGUGACAACAACAGCGAAGCGAACAAAGGCCAGGAUCGUCGCAAUAGCCAACAUCAGGAUGGUAAGAUGACGCAAGAAGCGCAAGAGGAGAGCACUGCCAGCAGCCGAAAACCACACCAAGAUGCAGACACGGCCACAUCAAAAGAACUCACCACCACUGCCGCGUCGUUGUCUGCAAUGUCGAGCAGCGGCGACGAAGAGAUGUGGGUUCAUCGGAUAUUUUAUAUUGUGGCAAAAAUCGCCAACUUUCGUGCUGGUGUUGCCGUAUUUCCCCAAGAACCCUCGCCCAUCGAUCAUCAAGUCCAUAUGCAGAACCGAUUCGAGGAGUGGAAGCGGCUCAAGCGGCUGUGUGCCAUAUGGAACCGCGACUGUCCUCGGUCGAUGCGGCCGUUCAGCUAUCUGUUCCCUUCGCAGAGUACGGCUCCAGCCUCCAUCUUUCCCAAUAUCUGGUACGAGACCUAUCCCACUUCCCUCGCCGAAACUACCUAUACAUAG